ACUCCAUUCCUACCCAUCCCCAUCCCCACCCCCACCCCCACCCCAUACCCUAGAAAAUUCGAAUUCACUUCUUCCAUUUCAAUAAAUUCCAUCGGACAUACUUACCAAACGAGGUGCGGUGUCGAGCUUAAAUUUAUAUGUGGAAUGAUUCGGCGGAAAAACACAGGAGGAUUUUCGGACAGCCAUAGGCGUAGCCAAAUGGAGGUACGAGGAGGAGAAGAGAAGAAGAAGAAGCAGACGAAGAUUGGUGAGAAAGGGAAAAGGAAAGAGGGGAAACACCCUCCGCUGAUGUCGUACGAGGAAUUGCCCGAUUACAUGAAGGAUAACGAAUUUAUACUGGAUUAUUACAGAGCUGAAUGGCCUGUAAAGGAAGCCCUAUUUAGCCUCUUCCGAUGGCACAAUGAGACACUUAACGUCUGGACACAUUUGCUUGGAUUCUUGCUGUUUAUGGGAUUAACUGUUGCGAAUCUUGUUCAUGUGCAUCAAGUGGCUGAUUUCAUCUCCAUGAUUUCUGGGCAAUUCCCGUCGUCAUACAAAGAAUCGAACAUCUCCAAGAAUGUCUCAUCGGGCCCGUCGAAGCUCUUAGAUCUGAAGCAAGAGUCGAAUCUGAAAACAGACAUAACCUCGCCGGAAUCAGCCGCAACGAACUGGCCGUUCUACGUGUUCCUAUUCGGGUCGAUGUUCUGCCUGCUGUCGAGCAGCGUCUGCCACCUCUUCUCGUGCCACUCCCGCCGCUGGAACCUCCACCUCCUCCACGUCGACUAUGUCGGGAUCACUGUAAUGAUCAUCACCUCCUUCUUCCCGCCGAUAUAUUACAUUUUUCAAUGCACCCCGCACUGGCAAAUCCUCUACCUCUCCGGGAUAACGGUGAUGGGGGCGUGCACGAUCGUCACCCUCCUCUCGCCGGCACUCUCUUCCGGAAAGUUCCGAUCCUUCCGCGCGUUGCUCUUCGUGUCGAUGGGGUUGUUCGGAUUGGUCCCCGCCGUGCACGCCCUCGUGCUCAAUUGGCACGACCCGCAUCGGAACGCGACUCUCGCGUAUGAGGCUGGCAUGGCGCUAUCGUACUUGGUCGGGACGUUGUUUUACGUGACCCGGGUGCCGGAACGGUGGAGGCCCGGGUGGUUCGACUUGGCCGGACAAAGCCAUCAAAUCUUCCACGUGUUCGUCGUGAUGGGGGCUUUGGCUCAUUACGGCGCCGCACAAAUCUUCCUAAGGUAUCGGAGUCAAAUGGGGUGCGACGCCGGCGCUUGAUGGGUCCAACUAUAUUUUUAUUACGCCUCAAUUUUAUUUUUAAGGGUAAAUUAUAUCGGUAUCGCCUGUCUUUUAGCUCCAUCGAUCGUAUGAAAUGUUUUAUAUAAAUUUUAUUAUAUAAUUUACUCUGGUUAGCAAAAAUAGUGCAUGGAAUCCCUAUAUUUGUGUUCAAAAUGGGGUUUCAUGUGUAUAUUUUGUUAACGUAGAUGUGAAUUAUGCAAUUAAAUUUAUAUAGAAUAUUUUAUAUAUUUGUGUUAAAUUACGGGUGGUGUUAUAUAAUUUAUUUUUAAUUUAAUUGUGUAAUCAAUCACUCGUGUUGUCUUGUGGUGUGCAAAUUGAAAAAUUGUGUGUAGUAGGCUACCACGAAAGGUAUGAAAAUAUGAAUAUGAUUGCUUAAUAGAUAAGAGAGAUAGUUGGGAUGAAUAUUUAAGGAACAAUCAAUUGUUGUACUUUUAAUUCACUGAAGGUUAUAUACAUAUUUCUUGAGCUUUGAUCCAAGAGCUCGAAUUGUUA